AUGGCCACCACCGCCCCCGCUACCAGAUCUGAACGUGUCUUUGGUAUCUCUCAAAUCAAAGCCUAUGUCCCAAUCACGCUUGACAUGACCAAGCUUAACUACGACACUUGGAGAGAACUCUUUGAGACUCAUUGUCUCACUUUCGGUGUUCUUGGUCAUCUCGAUGGCUCAUCUCUUCCCUCCUCAGCCACCGAUGCUCCUUGGAAAGAACGUGACGGUCUCGUUACAAUGUGGAUCUUCGGUACUAUCACCGACUCUCUCCUCGACACCAUCAUCACCAAAAACUGCACUGCUCGCGAUCUCUGGCUCUCGCUUGAGAACCUUUUCCGCGACAACAAAGAAGCCCGUGCCAUCCAAUACGACACGGAGCUUCGUACCCUCACCAUCGGAGACAUGAGCGUCCACGCAUAUUGCCAGAAGCUCAAAACUCUCUCCGAUCUAUUGGCUAACGAAGAUUCCCCUGUCUCGGAUCGCUCUCUUGUGAUGUAUAUGCUCAAUGGUCUGUCCGAAAAGUAUGAUUACAUACUCAAUGUCAUCAAACACAAGAGUCCCUUUCCUACCUUUGCUGCAGCGAGAUCCAUGCUCCAAAUGGAAGAAGAUCACAUCUCCAAGCAUCCAAAACAGAGCAUCUCCACCUCGCCUCAUGCUUCUUCUCCUCAGAUCCUCUACACCUCUGCACCACCACAAACCGCCUCCUACCAGAAUCAUACUUCCAACGGCAACUCCUAUGGUCGUGGAAACAACAGGAACCGUGAUCGUGGUGGUCGCCAUCAUCGAGGCAGGGGACGUCACCACAACACUGGUCAUAACUGGAUGCAUCCAUGGAACUACAGACCUCCCUCACAUCCAUACUCGUUUCCAUACCAAGGCUAUCCCAUGUACGCUGGACCCGUCUCAUAUCCUGCACCACCGAUGCCGUUUCCACCGUCAUCACACCAUGGGAACACAACCAACUCUGCCUCCAACGGCAUUCUUGGCCCAUAUCCAACUAGAUCCACCAAUGAAGCUCACUUAACUCCCAACGCACCAGCAGCGUAUGUCGCAUCCGAGAUUAACAACGCUUUCAGCACUAUGUCACUGCAGGAUCCUAGUGAGUCGAAUUGCUACAUGGAUACGGGUGCAACCAGCCACAUCACGGCUCAACCAGGUAAUCUACUUUCCCGCUUUAAUAAGAGCUCAACUUCUCCUGUCAUAGUUGGAAACGGAUCAUAUGCUCCUGUUACUUGUAUUGGUCAUGUCAAUGUUCAGUUGAAUUUGAUCCUUUUGGUUUCUGUGUUAAGGAUCUUCACACUCGGAAAAGACUUCUCCGAUGUGAUAGUAGCGGCCCUCUCUACACCGUCACUCCAUCCGCUCAGCCUUCAUCAUCUUCACCUCUCGCUCUCUCUGCUAGCACUUCCGUUUGGCAUAACCGUCUCGGACAUCCGAGCCACCAAUCUCUCAAAAAUAUUCUUUCUUCUCAAUCUAUUAUUUGCAAUAAAAUAG